AUGAAAAUUCUCCUUAAACCCUUUUCUACUUCAGAAAGCAUGCUCCUCUGCACCAAGGACAGGAGAUGUCUCGGCCCCGCAGCCCUCCGCUCUUACAAAGAAAGGAAAGGGGGAUUGUCUCCAGAUUGGCCCAGUUGUAUGCUGUUAGCCCUGGAGCAGCUGCUGACAGAGCUGGAUGACUUCCUCAGGAUUCUUGACCAAGAGAACCUGAGCAGCACAGCUGUGGUGAAGAAGAGUGGCCUGGCCGAGCUCCUCCGGCUUUACACCAAAAGCAGCAGUUCUGACGAGGAGUACAUUUAUAUGAACAAAGUGACGGUCCACAAGCAACAGGAUGCCGAGUCCCAAGACAAAGCGCCCGAGGAGCAGAGCCCACUGACUAACGGCGAGCCCAGCCAGCACUCCUCGGCCCCUCAGAAGAGUCUUCCAGACCUCCCGCCACCCAAGAUUAUUCCAGAACGGAAACAGCUCUCCACCCCAAAGAUCGAGUCUCCAGAGGGUUACUAUGAAGAGGCCGAACCAUAUGACACAUCCCUCAAUGAGGAUGGAGAGGCCGUGAGCAGUUCCUACGAGUCCUACGACGAGGACGAAAGCAGCAAGGGCAAGUCGGCCCCCUACCAGUGGCCCUCGCCCGAGGCCAGCAUCGAGCUGAUGCGCGACGCCCGCAUCUGUGCUUUCCUGUGGCGCAAGAAGUGGCUGGGCCAGUGGGCCAAGCAGCUCUGCGUGAUCAAGGACACCAGGCUCCUGUGUUACAAGUCCUCCAAGGACCACAGUCCUCAGCUGGACGUGAACUUGCUGGGCAGCAGUGUGGUGCACAAGGAGAAGCAAGUGCGGAAGAAGGAGCACAAGCUGAAGAUCACCCCCGUGAGCGCCGACGUGAUCGUGCUGGGCCUGCAGAGCAAGGACCAGGCUGAGCAGUGGCUCAGGGUCAUCCAGGAGGUGAGUGGCCUGCCUUCUGAAGGAGCUUGUGAGGGAAGCCAGUACACCCCAGAUGCCCAGCGCCCGAGUUGUCCGAAAAAAACCGAAGUCAGAGUAAACCUGGAGAUUCCUUCACAUUGGGGUGAGAAACAAGGCCUCUCCCUAAAGACCCAGCACACAAGAUUCCCGGGCCAGCCAGAUGUAACUGAGAAGUACCUGUCAGCCUCGGACUAUGGAAGCUCCAUAGAUGGCCACCCUGAGGUCCCAGAGACCAAAGACGUCAAGAAGAAAUGUUCUGCUGGCCUCAAACUGAGCAACCUAAUGAACCUGGGCAGGAAGAAAUCUACCUCGCUGGAGCCUCCGGAAAGGUCCCUCGAGACAUCCAGUUACCUGAACGUGCUGGUGAACAGCCAGUGGAAGUCGCGCUGGUGCUCCGUCAGGGACAGUCACCUGUACUUCUACCAGGACCGGAACCGCAGCAAGGCGGCCCAGCAGCCCCUCAGCCUGGUGGGCUGUGAGGUGGUGCCGGACCCGAGCCCCGACCACCUCUACUCCUUCCGCAUCCUCCACGACGGCGAGGAGCUGGCCAAGCUCGAGGCCAAGUCUUCCGAGGAAAUGGGCCACUGGCUAGGCCUCCUGCUUUCUGAGUCGGGCUCCAAGACAGACCCAGAAGAAUUCACUUACGACUACGUGGAUGCCGACAGGGUUUCCUGUAUCGUAAGCGCCGCCAAAACCUCUCUGCUACUGAUGCAGAGAAAGUUCUCAGAGCCGAACACUUACAUUGACGGCCUGCCCAGCCAGCAUCACCAGGAGCUACUGUAUGAUGACGUGGAGGUGUCAGAGCUGAUGGCUGUGGGGGAGGCCCCUGAGGAAGCUGCUCCUGCGACAGAUGCCCCGAGUGAGCCUGACCCCGACCGCGUAUACCUGGACCUCACGCCCGUCAAGUCCUUCCUGCACGGCACCGGCGGUGCACAGGCCCGGGCCCCCUCGCCCACGCUGCCCCAGCCGGACCCUCCGGCCGAGGCCCUCCCUGCAGACCUGAACCCCACCCCCGAUGAGCCCCUCAUGGUGUCUCCAGAGAACCCCGAGUUGCAGGUACAGGGGGCCCCCCAGCAGGUGAGCUGGCCUCACCUUCUGGGGUGUCUCGGCCAGCUGGGUCCUGUUUGCUUUCUCCCAAAGCAGAUGCAGCAGGAGAGUCAGGAACCUGAGGAGCCUUCCCUGGGAAUCACGGCAGUCAAAAUCCAGACUGAACAGCAGAAGAUCUCCUUCCCACCGAGCUGCCCUGACACUGUGCCUAUCACCCCAGCCGGGGCCAGCCCACCUGUGAAAGACAGGUUGAAGGCAACCAAUGCAGAGAUCAAACUUGGCAAGAACAGGACAGAAGCCGAGGUGAAGCGGUACACAGAGGAGAAGGAGAGGCUUGAGAAGAAGAAGGAAGAAAUCCGGGGGCACCUGGCUCAGCUCCGGAGGGAGAAACGGGAGUUGAAGGAGACCCUGUUGAAGUGUACAGCCGACUGGCUUCUCUCUGCAGACAAGGGGGCGGCAGCCAGCCUGGAGGAGAAGCUGAAGGAGAUCGACGAGGAGUGCAGGGUGGAGGAGCGCAGGCGCGUGGACCUGGAGCUCAGCAUUGUGGAGGUGAAGGACAGCCUGAAGAAGGCCGAGGCCGGGCCCGUGACGUUGGGCACGACUGUAGACACCACCCACCUGGAGAACGUGAGCCCCCGACCCAAAGCUGCCACCUCGACUCCUGCCCCGGACUGUACCCCAGUCAACUCCGCAACUGCGCUCAAGAACAGGCCUCUGUCGGUCAUGGUCACGGGCAAAGGCACCGUCCUCCAGAAAGCCAAGUGUCCUUACGAGUCAGCCUGAGGGCGCGUGAAUCCCUGCACUGCCCGCCACGUGAUAUCAGUAGAGUCCGGGGGAGAGCUGCAGUUCAGAGACAGACUGGCGCUGGACAGUUUUCCAAUUAAAAAAAACCUCAGUGACUCUGAAGGACUUCUGCCAUGAAAACCAAAGCAGCAGAUUCAGACAGGUGUCGGAUUUGCCUAAAGCCAUCCGGCCGGCUGGUGACAAAGGCUCAGUAAAAGGCGUAAACAGGGAGCAGGUGCCCAUUGCUGGGUUUUUGCCUGAGGGCUAGACAAAAAGUGUUAUGAAUCCUUGACUCAUUUAUACAGUCAAGAGCAUGCCUGGAGCUGCCUGUGUUUUUGGCAAACUCUGCUCCUUAUUUUUAUCCUGCUUAUUACCUGCAGGAGAUAUUUUGAGGCACCUGCACCAAUGACUAAGUAUUAAAUCCAUGCAAGCACACGAGCCACUGCCACGGCAGACAUCACUCACCUCCCUCUCUGCUGCUCCAGGGCCUCAGAAAUCUCUGAACACGUGCUCCAAGCAGUGGGGGACACGCAGGGGUUGAACCUUACUUAAUUGGCGUCUCUAUUCCUAGCUUCUUCUAGGAAUAUGUAGGUUGGCUACGGAGGAUAACUAACUUUCUUCUUUUGGGGGGACGCUGGUGUUUGAAUGGUACCCUAGGAAUGGGAGAAGAAAGGAGCAAGUUAGGAAACAAACUUCAUCUAGAGACUCUCCUGUCAAUAUGGACCUUGGUGACAAUCCUGCUUCGUUACAGUCUUCGUUAAAGCAGCAACUCUGUAAAAGGGUGAGUCUGUUUACAAGAAAAAGGAAGGACUGGGGUUCUAUGAAUGGAAAACUUCAGCUAAGAGGAGGCUCUGUCCCUUUGCAGAGCCAAAGGAAGUAAUACGACAACAACAACAAAAAAGACUUGUUUGGAGACCUAAGUCUAUUGGUUGUAAACAUUACAUUGCUGUAUUUAGGGGUAUUCUGUGUUUCUUCCUUGAAGUUUUCAGCAAUUGCUUUAUCAAGCUUUUUAAGUGAAAAGAUUCUGAUGUGGAGACUUUGGUGGAAGAGAAAUUAAGGUAGCAGGGCCCUGUCCCACUGGUCACAUGGCUUUGGUGAUUGAGAAGGUCUAAACCCCUAUCUGAUUCUUAGCAGCGUCAGGGGUUAAACCGUCCUUGUCUUCAACUGUGUAAAGCCAUCUAUGGUUUUUUGAGAAAUGGUAACGGGGAAAACAUUUGGGACCAAGCUGAGGCACUGUUGCCAGUAAAUUAAGGACUUUUUUCAGGCUAAAGCAGGCCAGAACCAAUUGCUUUUAAAUAAAAUUUUAAGUGAUGCUGUAUUACAUAGAAAAAAAAGUUUCAAAUCCUGUAAUUUAGAACAGCGAAAAGUGUUGAGAUUUAACUGACAUUUUACAUUACCAUAGAAACAAGAUUACCCUGUGUUUACAGAUUCAGUCCUGCGGUGAGGCGAUUUCUAAGAGAAGAGUUACUUAGUAUAAUGUUCUCUUAGUCCCUGUUUUUUUAAGUUGUGCUCGAUGUCCAGGCCCUUAUCCAAGAAAAAGAGGGGCGAGUUUUGUUUCUGGUGGUCUCUUUCGUCUCUUAAAAUUGGCAGUGCUGUUCUUUGUGUUGCCCGUUCUUCUCUUCUGAUGGCACUGGUUAACACAGGUUGGAACACAUUGGUAACACAGGUUGGAACAUUUCACCUGUCAUCUCUCAGCCUCAUUUCUGGGGGUUCUGAAUCAGAGUUCUUUAACACUGGUUCCUGAGAACUAAAGGUCUUUUGAGUCUUAUUGUCUUUCUAAUCCCAGGGCAUUUAUUUCCUUUGUCAUAAACACUUGGUGUCCCAAGUGGUGAGUUAGUUUUGGUUUUUUUUUUUAAUAAAAUGUUAAUUGUA